ACGAUAUUACUUGGUUAUUUUAAUAAAACUAUAGAUUUCAAGUUUUCCCUCAGAUAUUCCCCUAUGACAUGAAUGUGCUCUGGUACAUGUCGUGCUGAAUAAAAACAUCACAAAAAGUUGUACUAGUAAAGUUCAGAUGGAGGCUUACGUUGUUCUGCGAGAGGAGGAGUAUCCCACUCUUCUAGAGGAACUAAAAAAGCAAUUACCAGCAUCACUAAUGGUGUACUAUCCACUGAUGUUAUCCCAAGAAAAUCUUCUUCCAAAGUUUAAAACAAUCUGUGUUGACAAAUGGCCGGAGUUUACUUGUGUCUUAGAAGUGGAAAACCUGGCUGAUGACGUGUCCCCACACAGAGUGAAUGCCUACUGUAGGAGGGAGGAAUGUAGUGUUAACCUAUAUAGCAUGAUCUGUCAGCUCCUUCAGAAAACACCAUCGGAUAUUCUCAUUUACGGUGGACCAAGAAGGAUGAAGGAGAUAAUUUCUAAGUCAAACGAUUCAAACAGCUCUAGGAUAUCGGCUUCAGGGUGCUGUGGAUCCAAGAGUGUUCGGGGAACUGUGCCCACAGAUUUGCUAAUUCACAAUGCCUACAGAGUAUCCAAAGAUACCUUAAAGAAAAGUGAAGUCCCUGUACAUUUUUCUGUUACAACAAUUAAGAAAGAACACAUGGAUUUAAUCCUAAGUAAAUGGCCGCAAUCAAAAAUUUUCAGUGAUGCAAAGGAAUUCUUCACACAUACAGCCACCUCUUUGGAAUCCGUGUGCAUCCUCAACGAAUCAGGAGAACCAGUGGCCUGGGGCUUUGAACAACAUUACGGAGCGAUUGGGAUGAUUUACGUUUUAAAGGAGUAUCGGAGGAAGAAACUUGGAAGUGCCGUAGUUUCAAUUCUGUCGGAGAAAAUUUUAAGGAAACAUGACUUUGUUUAUGCAGCUAUUGAGACAGAAAACACAGAGUCUAUUUUAUUGCACAAGAAGCUUGGCUACGAGAAAUGUGACAUAUAUCCUGAAUGUAUCUUUAACUGGUUUUUUUAUGAGAAGGAAAAGAAAGGAACAACUAAAUGUUGUCAGUAAAAGUACGUAUAUACAAGCCAUAAUUAUACAUCUCAGCUAAAGAAGUUAAUAAAUUUACUUAUGAAAAACAUUUUUAAGUUUAAAAAAAUA